AUAGAGGAGCGUCUCAAAAUGCGUGAAUCGGAAAAGAGGGAUCAAAAGAAACGGACAAUCCAACGUGCAAAACUACGUGCCGAACAUUCUAAAAGACGGAGAAGACUAGUAAAAGAGAGGGAACGUCAGAGGAUCGUCAAACUAUUACUGAACUGCCAGAGAAAGAACCGUGAAAAAGAAAAAACACAUAAUAAAUGCCUCCGUGAAGCCGAAGAAGCCAGACGUGAAGCUAAUGAAAAAAAGUGGAUGGAACGUGAGAUAUACCAAGAGUGGCUGCUAACAAUUGAGAAAUUCAUCCUAGAAUAUGCGGAGGGCGAAGCUAAGAGGAACAUUAAAAAAUAUAUGAAAAAUGUAGAGGGACAGCGAGAGAGAAUGCGAAGUAAUAAUGGUUAUAACAGAAAUCGAUAGAAUCUCUGACAGGGAACAUU